AUGGGACAGUUGCUUCCAAAUUCAAACGAAGAAUUUUGUACAAUGGAGGAGGAUGCUGAAAUCAGUGAUUUGCAGUUAACAUAUUACGUUAGAGAUGCUCUUCUUGAAGUCUCGGAUGGUAGAGAGAACUAUGAAGAGCUUGUUGGGUGUUUGCAACCUAAAAGGAAUCUUAAUUCUCAUGAUGCUGCCCAACUUGUGACAAUUUUGAAAGCGCUUGCUGGAGUAGUGUCCUACAUAGACUCUGUCCAUCACGGAGCUCUUAUUUUUGCUCUUGAGAGAAUGAGCUUGUGGAAUUUGGCUACAACAUAUAAGAAUUAUGAUGCAACUGAUAUCAUGGAUGCUUUGAUUGAGCUCCUCGUAUCAUUGGCUGCUUCGAAGGGAAUGUAUAUUGAUUGGUGUUUGGAGAGGCUCGUGAGGCAUUUUACUGCUCCUAAACAUGUUAUUGAUUUUCUGAAAAAUGAAAAUGGAGCUGAUAGAAAGAAUAAGGUUCUGUCUCGAGUGCAUGAUGCUCUGAAACAAAUAGCUGAUUUGGUGCCCCUUGCUCCCAUGCGAUUAUCACCAAUAGUUGUCCAGAAUAUACCGAAACGUUACGAUGUGACAGAGCAUGAGAUUGUCAUGUAUGUUGAAAAUAUGUUAAAGCUUGAGAGUGGUGCAAUUGGAGAAAUUGUCGGUAGUACCAUGCUACCCGCACUUGUGGAUAAAUUGAUAGAGUUGGAUGUGGAAAUUGGAUUGGAUGGCAACAUGCAUCCGGAUGCAAAAUGCAUAUUUGAAAUGGAGUUAGAAGAUAUUGUUAAUUUUGCAGAUGAUGAUGAGAAUUAUAAUAAUAUGUGUGCCUCAGAGCUGCUAAGUAUGAAAAAAUUGCAAGGCAAUAAGGUUGUGGAGAAAUUAGAUAGUCUAAUUGUGCUGACUUUUUUGCAUCUUGAAUCCUGUCAAAGUAGUGGCCGAUUGUCUGAGGUAUUUGAUAUAUUAUUGAUGUCAUUUAUGAGAACUGUGCUGAAUACAUACAAGUCAAAAUUUACCCAGUUUGUGAUGUUCUAUGCAUGUGCAUUGGAUCCUGAACUAUCUGGUGUAAAAUUUGCUAUUGCUCUCAGAGAUAUGUUUGAAUCACCUGUUAAUCCCCCUAUUACUAGGAUGAGUGCUGUUGCUUAUCUUGCUAGCUAUUUAUCUCGUGCAAAGUUUCUUUCAUCUGCCUUGGUUGCUGACAUCAUACAAAGAUUGGUAGAUUGGUGUUUUGCAUAUUGCAAGAUACAUGAUUUAGAUAUGAACCCACAAGCUCACCAAGUGUUUUAUUCUGGGUGCCAGGCUAUCAUGUACAUUUUAUGCUUUCGCAUGAAAUCAUUGGUGGACGUACCUAGGCUUAGAAUGCAGCUUAUCAAAAUGCCAAUGUUGUUACUCUGGAAGCAUAAAUUGAAUCCCUUGAAGGUGUGUUUGCCUAGUGUAGUAGAGGAAUUUCUUAAACAGGCAAAGGCUGCUCGGCUUUUCAUGUCAGCAGAAUUAUUUGUUUUUGAGGAUUUGCUCGAGGCUGAUCUUUCCAAGGCUUUUGGUGGGAUGGAUAGACUCGACAUGUUCUUCCCAUUUGAUCCAUGUCUGUUGAAGAAAAGUGAAAGCUACCUAAGACCACAUUUUGUCCGCUGGUCAAGAGUGAGAACUACAUAUGGCGAUGAGGAAGACAGUGAUUCUGGAAGUGAAGCAUCAGACGACGAGUUUGUUGACUUAAAUGCAAAGGAUAUGAACAAUGAUGAUGAUGAUAUGAUAGGCAGUGUAGGAGCAGGCCUUGAUUUUGACGCUGACUUGAACAAAAUGUCGAUCACACCCAAAUCGUUCAAAUACGGGUUUAAGGAACAGAUGAAGCGGGGUCACGAGAAUGGUAUCGAAAGUUAG